AGAUGAACCUUUUAACCCUUCGUUCCUCGAGCAUUCUCACUUCUUCUUCUUCUGUUGUUUAUAUAGGGUUUUCGUUUCCUUAGCCAGUCGGAGAAACGCAGGCUUACUAAUUCUCUGCGAUUGAAGUGUAUGCGUUGAGUUAUGUACUCAAGAGGGAGUGGGUACGGACAACAGCAGUAUGGUUCGCAGUCUGGAUAUGGUCAGAAUCUUGGAGCCGGCUACCCGGGAAGUUCAGUUGGCGGGACAGAAGGAAACGCUCAAAUUUCCUUGAGUUCUCGGCAUCCAUCCAUCACUGGUGCCACUCAGGAGACUGAAAUCGCUGGUUACAGAUCUCAUACCUCAACGUCCAGUUAUGGAGGACAACAUGGAUCUAUUUACGGCUCAGCUUCUCUCAGCAGCUCUCAGCAGCCUUUAAGCACUAAAGGCGUAGGUUCAUCAGUCUUGGAGGGCCGGUCAGGUUAUGUCUCUGCUUUACCAGACUCUCCAAAGUUUGCAUCUGGCAGCUAUUUAUCUCCCUCAAGCCAUGGUUAUGGUCAAAAGAGGGACGAUAUAUACACAGAAAAGCUUUCUGGUUAUGUUCCGGUUGAGAGGAGGCAAUAUGGCGAACGACCAAGUAGUUACAUGGGGAGGGACUUGCCAAGUGAACCAUCAACUGGACGAUAUACUGAAUCAUCUGGUUUCAGUCGUCAGCAUCAGACUGACUUGUAUGAUCGUAUUGAUCAAGCAUCACUCCUUCGAGGAGAACAAUUAUUAAAAAUCCAAUCGCUCCAUACUUCUGUUGACGGAGGUGCCAGACAAGCUGAUUAUCUUACAGCACGAAGUUCUUCUGUCCGCCAUUCUGACCAAGAAGCUCUACAUUAUGGAGGAGGAAGACUCGAGCCUGACCCUCACAGUUUAUCAGUUCGCAGUGCCUCCUCUUAUGCCAGCCAACAUGCUUCAUCACUAUUAGGUGCUGCUCCUCGACGAAACCUAGAUGACUUUAUAUAUCCGGAGAGUUCUUCAAAUCCUGGUUAUGGCGUUAGCUUACCUCCUGGCCGGGACUAUGGCGCGGGGAAAGGAAUCCAUGGUGCAACAUCUCUUGACUUGGACUACCCUGGUGGUCUGUUGUCACGUGGUGGUCCUCCGCGCAUUGAUGAUCUUCGGAAAGACGACAGGGCAAAUUAUCUCAGAGAGUUUGAACUAAGGGAAGAAGAGCGUCGCCGUGAGAGUCAACGUGCUAGAGAUAAAGAGCGAGAAAGAGAGAGGGAACGUGAACGGGAGAGAGAACGCGAGCGGCAACGGGAACGUGAACGGCAAAGAGAAAGAGACCGACAACGGGAAAGAGACCUCGAAAGGAAACGGAUUCUGGAACAGCGAGAGAAGGAAAGGGAACGGGAACGGGAGCGUAAACGUGCCCUUGAGAUGAAGCGUGUACGGACUCCAACCCCUAGAGCUAUUUCGAGGGACAGAAAGGAACGAACUCCAAUACCAAGAGCAGUUAGUAGGGAUGUACGUAGUUCCUCCUUACGGCGAGAUGCACCACAUCAUGAAGCUUCAAAUAGGCGCCCUUCGCCGGUUGAGCCGAUAAGGAGAGAUUAUGUAUGCAAGGUCUCUUCCACCCGAUUGGUUGAUGAGGAGAGGGAUUAUUUGACAAUUGGUAGACGGUAUCCUAGAAUUUUUGUGCCUUCUGAGCUCUCAAAGGUUGUAGUGAACUGGCCGAAGCAAAAGCUUACCCUCUCUAUGCAUACUGCUGUCAGCUUUGAACAUGAUUGCAUUGAAGAUGAUGGGGUUGCUGUUAAAGAUAUUCUCAACAAGUCACUGGCUGAAGCACCUUUUAGAUCUGGUGGAAAUAAUGUGUGGAAUGCUAAGAUGAUUUUGAUGAGCGGGCUUAGCAGGACUGCUCUGGAAGAUCUUUCUUCAGACAAAAUAUUUGAAGAUCGUAUACCCCAUAUAUGUAACAUUCUAAAAUUUGCAGUUCUUAAAAAGGAUCAUUCUCUCACAGCAAUUGGUGGUCCAUGGGAUCCUGCAGAUGGCAAGGACCCAUCAGUUGAUCCAUCUUCCCUAAUUCAGACAGUCUUGAGAUACACAAAGGAUAUGCUUCAACUUGAUUUGCGCAAUUGCCGUAACUGGAACCCUUUUCUCGAGAUACAUUACGACAGAGUUGGUGAAGAUGGACUCUUUAGUUACAAAGAGACCACAGUUUUAUUUGUGCCGGAUUUAUCAGAUUGCCUUCCUUCAUUUGAUUCUUGGAGAGCCCAAUGGUUGGCGCAUAGGAAAGUUAUUGCUGAAAGAGAGAGUCUACUCUCCCUGAAGGAUGAGGUUAAGAAAGACAGUGUUAACAUGGAAAAGGACAUUGAUGAUGCUAGUAAAGUAGCCAAAGAUGCAGAUAAAACAUCACAGGGAGAAGCUUCUGGAGCUCAGACAACUGGAACUAAGAAGACCGUGAAAAAGAUUAUCAAAAGAGUAGUUAGAAGACCUGUUAAUGGAAGUAAAGCAACUGGUAAAAAAGAUGAGAAGUCUGAUGAGAAGGAUGCAUCUGAGCAGGUUGCCAAAUCAGAGACGUCAGCCCCACAAGAAGAAUCCUCAGGUACAGCUGCUAAGAAAAAAGUAGUGAAAAGGGUUGUGGCAAAAGCCAAACAGAAUGAGGAAAAGGGGACAAUGGCAAAAGACACCCAGAAUGAAGUGAAGAGCACCGGAGUGGAGAUAGGAUCCACUACAGGGAUAUCUAAAGAUAAGCCUGUUGACAGCUUAGAUCCCAGUGCGAAGGCUACGGAACAGGCCUCUACAAAGACAACUGUAAAGAAGAAAAUUAUCAAAAGGGUGCCUAAACAGAAGGCUGCUGAAGUAGACAGCAAUAGUGAAAUGAAGAAAGAUGGGGAUAAUGGUGAGAAAAAGGUAGUGGAGGCGGGUAAGAAUCCACCUGAUUCAGGUGUGAAGGAUGCAGAGGUCAAAACAGUUGAGACCAAACAAACGCCCAAAUCUCCAAAAGAUGAAAAAAAGGAGAUGAAGGUUGAGGGAGAGAACAACUCAGAGAUUCCAUCUGAAGGGAAAAAGGUUAAUGGGAAUGAUGCUGGUGAAACGAAGGGAAAAGAAAAAUGUAUCGAGAAAGAGACGAAAGAGAGAGAUGGUAAAGAUGAGUCCAGGAUUCUUGUGAAUAAAGAAAUCAAGGACAGGAAAAAAUCUGAGGAACCUCCUCGUCCAGGAUUCAUUCUACAAAUGAAACGAAACAAAGACUCUAAACAGUUGCGUUCCCUCUCGGUCUCCCUGGAUUCGCUCUUGGAUUACACUGACAAGGACUUUGACGAAUCAUCAUUUGAGCUUUCAUUGUUUGCUGAAGCGAUGUUUGAGAUGCUUCAAUAUCAAAUGGGUUGCCGUAUUUUGGCCUUUCUCCAGAUACUCCGUGUGAAAUUUGUGAGACAAAGAAAUCAACGGAAGAGGCAUCAGGAAGAGAUAUCUGCCAAGGAAAGCGAGGCAAAAUCCCCAACAAAGCGUCAGAAGACAGGUGAACAUCCAGAAAAAGAUACCUCUGUUAAACCUGGAUCCGAUGCUCCAAUGGAUGAUAAAGAAGUUUUGGUCAAGGAAGCUGUUGCAAACACUGAAGAAGUUUCAUGCGAUAAAGAAGUUACCGGUAAUGAGGCUACUUCUAUGGAAGUGGAAAGCGAGGAGAAGUUGGAUGAUAAGGCUGAUGAAGAAGAAGAGGAUCCUGAAGAAGAGGAUCCGGAAGAAGAUCCUGAAGAGGAUAUGGAAGAAGACCCUGAAGAAAACGAGGAAACUGGGGAUGCAAAUCCAGAGCAAGGGCCUGGUGAGGAGCACAAGAAUGAUGAGCAGCCAGAGAAGACUAAUGCCACUGCUGCUGAUCCUCCUGCUACCGAGGUUGAGGAGGCGGCAACUGAGAAAAAAGAAACAAAAGAUGAAUCGGCAGAGGACAAGACUGAUCACGAAGCACCUGAAAUAAAGCCGGACCUGGAAGCAGACAAGGAUAAGGUAGCUUCUGAUGCGCCAAAGAGAGAAGAAAAGGUUAAUAAGGAGUUGUUACAGGCAUUUAGGUUCUUUGACCGCUACCAAGUUGGCUACAUCAGGGUGGAAGACAUGAGGUUGAUCAUCCACAGCUUAGGGAAGUUCCUGUCUCACCGCGAAGUAAAGGAACUGGUGCAAAGCGCGUUGUUGGAGAGCAACACUGGAAGGGAUGACAGAAUCUUGUACGAUAAGUUGGUCAGGAUGUCUCUGGCCUGAGUUCCUUCCAUUUCCCAACACUGGACGCCUCUGAAACUAUUUUUCUCUUGUCUUUUCGAUUAUUACUGUUAAAUACAAUCACAAUCUGGAAAUAAUCACCCUUCAUUUUGAUGGAUUAUGUUUUUUUGUUA